CGCCUCUUUAAACUAGGUUCUUUCGUCCUUUUACUUCUUAUUUCUCCCCUCCCCCUCUUCCCCCCUAUCAUACUUCCCUUCUUUGUGUGAAUUUUCUCUCCCCCCGUCUUCACCCUACAUCCUUUUGGGCUGGACCGGAGGUUCUCAGGGCGUUCCUAUGGUUUCUAUUUAUUUCGACCGUUAAUUUCCAUCUUUCCUUUUCGUCCAACUCGGUCAGAAAUCAGGAGCGUUGCCCGAAACGCCAUAGCCUUCUACACCUGGCUUUGCCCGCAUGUCGACUGGAGUUGACAGCCGACAUCUCAAGGGUUUACCGUCUUUCUCUAAACCAGGUUCUAGAACUAGUCGACGUUCGAUUUCGCGCACUUCCACCCCCGCAAAAGAUCCCGAUAAUAUUCACGGCUCGGACGAUUCGAAGUCUACUUCACCCUUUUCAAUGUUCGCCAUGGCUCAGACACAACGGACUCGCUAUCUGAAGACCGGAGCCGUUGUUGGCUUCGUUCUGUUGAUGCUGCUCUGGCUUUCACCGUCCAAGCCAUCCGUGAGCAAUUUUGGAGGAUCCCAGAAGCCUUCAACUGGCGCAGCGCCUUUGACCGACAAGUGCACUAAGCCAUAUGACUCGUCUAAGCCUCUAAUUCAGUAUGCGCUCAUGAUUGAUGCCGGCAGCCAGGGUUCUCGGAUUCACGUCUACCGCUUCAACAACUGCGGCCCCACUCCCGAACUCGAGAACGAGGUCUUUGAGCAAACUGAGAAGAGGCAAGGUGGCUCUGGCUUGAGCUCCUACAAGGAGGAUGCUGAAGGAGCGGCCAAGAGUCUGGAUCCCCUCAUGCAGGUAGCCCUCAAGUCGGUGCCUGAGGAGUACCGGUCAUGCUCGCCCAUUGCUGUCAAGGCUACUGCCGGUUUGCGCAUGCUUGGUAAUGAGAUGAGUAUGAAGAUCCUCGAGGCUGUCAGAUCUCGUCUCGAGACUGUUUACCCCUUCCCCGUCGUGUCCCGGGAGAAGGGUGGUGUCGAAAUCAUGGAUGGCUCGGAUGAGGGUGUUUACGCCUGGAUUACCACUAACUACCUACUUGGUAAGAUCGGUGGACCGGAUGAGACCCCUACUGCUGCCAUUUUCGACCUGGGUGGUGGUUCCACUCAGAUUGUCUUCCAGCCCACUUAUCCCAAGAGUCCCUCGGGAGGCAUGCCCGAGCAUCUGGCCGAAGGUGACCACCGUUAUGAUCUUGAGUUCGGUGGUCGGCACUUCGAGCUUUACCAGCACUCUCAUCUGGGUUAUGGACUCAUGGCUGCGCGGGAAGCGGUUCACAAGGCAAUCGUUGAGGCCAAGCUUGCCGCCAGCCCCAAUGACUUGAGCUGGUUGGAGGAGCCUAUUUCCAACCCUUGCAUUGGACCUGGUAUGGAGCGCAAGAUUGAGUUGACUUUCGAUGCGGGUCACGCUCUUGCUCCCAAGGUCAGCGUUAAGAUGGUGGGCCCGAAGGAGGGAUCCUCGGCCGCACCCCAGUGCCGCGGUUUGACCGAGAAGAUUCUUAAAAAGGAAGCUGAUUGCAAGCUCGCACCCUGUUCCUUCAACGGAGUGCACCAGCCCUCGCUGGCCAAGACUUUUGCUCGGGAGGAUGUUUAUGUCUUCUCCUAUUUCUACGACCGGACUAAGCCUUUGGGCAUGCCCGACUCUUUCACUUUGGAUGAACUGCACCACCUUACCUCGACUGUCUGCGCCGGAAAGCCCGAGUGGAAGAUCUUCGAGGGGAUUGAUGAUGCUAUUCCUCAACUGCUUGACCGGCCUGAGUGGUGCUUGGAUCUCAACUUCAUGCUGGGUCUCCUGCACACGGGCUACGAGAUGCCAUUGUCUCGUGAGGUCAAGAUCGCCAAGAAGAUCAAGAACAACGAGCUCGGUUGGUGCUUGGGUGCUAGUUUGCCCCUCUUGAGCCAGGAGUCUGGCUGGACAUGCCGGGUCAGGGAAGUGUCAUAAAAGAUGAUGGCGAUGCGGUGACGAACAAUUAAUCAAUAUCACGUUUUUACGCCUUAGGGCACAUCAAUUUCUUUUCGUGCAUAUAGGCUAGAUUUGGGGUGUUUGUAUAUGUUUCAUGUAUUAGACAUUUUCAGUAUGAUGGUUUAAUUAUUCAAAGUGUUUCCAAA